UUGCUAAAGAAAAGAUUUGAAACAGAGCUCAAGAUCCAUUAAAGGAAAGGGCCGUCAAACCUGCAAAAAGCAGCCGAAGUCUAGCUUGAGGUGGGGCUGGGGGGGAGGGUUGAAAAAAGAGAAAGGAGUGGGGUUGGGUGGGAAAAGCAGAGGAUCAAUAACUGGAAAGCGAAGGAGGAGGGGGGAAUCCACAACUAGAACAGCCCCCCCCCUGCAGAUUCUCAACCUCUUCGAGGAAAGUUAAUCAAUAAACUAAUUAACUGCUUCGCAAGCCUUGUAAUUGCUUGAUCAGAUAUAUUAGGAUGAGGGGCUGGGGGCUUCCACACAGCCCAGGAAGAAAGGCCAAAUUGUAGAAUUCUUUGCUUAGUCCCAGGGUUGGAGGAUUUUUUUGUUGUUGCUGUUUUUAAUUGCCUUUUUUUUGCACCAGGAAAGGGGGAAAUAUACUAUUUUUUCAAAAAAAAAUAUUCCAAGGAUUCGGUGGAACUGAAAAUGCCACUCUAUUAAGGUUGGAGAAGGGGGGGGGGAGAGGAAAAUUGCCUCUCCGACUGCUAGUGGCUUUGGAUCUCUUUGUCUGUUUCAACGAGAAGACUGUCAAAUCCGGGCUGGGAUUCUUCUGUUUUGUUCCGGCUUUUCCCGUUUGUUUGUUUCUCCUCCUCUGGGUACAAUUCGGAAUUCGAGGCUCGCUCCAUCUUCCUCCUUUUGGACCAAUGAAGGAACCGGAUGCCAUCAAACUUUUCAUUGGACAGAUACCCCGGAAUCUAGAGGAGAAAGACCUGAAACCUAUCUUUGAACAAUUCGGCAAAAUCUAUGAGUUGACAGUCAUUAAAGAUAAAUACACCGGCAUGCACAAAGGAUGCGCCUUCUUGACCUACUGCGCCCGCGAGUCAGCUAUCAAGGCCCAAAGUGCGCUUCACGAGCAGAAAACACUGCCGGGGAUGAACCGGCCAAUACAGGUGAAACCAGCGGACAGCGAAAGCAGAGGAGAAGACAGGAAACUGUUUGUGGGCAUGCUGGGUAAACAGCAAACAGACGAGGACGUCCGGAAAAUGUUCGAGCCCUUUGGAAGCAUUGACGAGUGCACGGUACUCCGUGGUCCCGACGGCACCAGCAAAGGCUGUGCCUUCGUGAAGUUCCAGACACAUGCAGAAGCGCAGGCAGCCAUUAAUACAUUGCACGGGAGCCGCACAUUGCCGGGCGCCUCCUCCAGCCUUGUGGUGAAGUUCGCCGACACCGAGAAAGAGCGGGGGCUCCGGCGCAUGCAGCAAGUGGCCAAUCAGUUGGGCAUGUUCAGCCCCAUCGCGCUGCAGUUUGGGGCGUACAGCGCCUACACCCAAGCACUAAUGCAGCAGCAGGCGGCUCUGGUGGCUGCCCACUCCGCCUACCUCAACCCCAUGGCUACGAUGGCCGCCGUCCAGAUGCAGCAGAUGGCCACCAUCAACCCCAAUGGCCUCAUCGCUACCCCCAUCACGCCCAUCACGCCCUCCUCAGGUACCAGCACACCACCUGCCAUUGCUGCCACGCCAGUGUCUGAUCCCGCCACCCUAAGCGUCAAUGGGUACAGCCCCGUUCCCACACAGACCACGGGGCAGCCUGCUUCUGAGGCCAUUUACACAAAUGGCGUCCACCCCUAUCCAGCACAGAGCCCGGCAGCCCCCAUGGAUCCUUUGCAGCAGGCCUAUGCUGGGAUGCAGCACUACACAGCUGCCUACCCCGCUGCCUACGGACUGGUGAGCCCGGCCUUCACGCAACAGCCAGCCACUAUAAUUUCCCAACAGCCACCCCCACAACAGCAGCAGCAGCGGGAAGGUCCUGAGGGCUGUAACAUUUUCAUCUACCACCUGCCGCAGGAAUUUACGGAUUCCGAGAUCCUCCAGAUGUUCCUCCCCUUUGGGAAUGUCAUCUCUGCCAAAGUCUUCGUGGACCGGGCUACCAAUCAGAGCAAAUGUUUCGGCUUUGUGAGUUUUGACAAUCCUGCCAGCGCUCAGGCCGCCAUUCAGGCUAUGAACGGCUUCCAGAUUGGAAUGAAGCGCCUCAAGGUCCAGCUGAAGCGGCCCAAAGACGCCAACCGGCCCUACUGAACCACCGCCCAUCAGGUCUGGAGCUCAAUGAAGGAGCAAAGCCCCCCUCCCCAAUUUCCCCUCCAGCCUCCUAUUUCCCUUCCUUCCAACAGGCCUGAGAAAACUGCUCACCCCGCAGAGCUCGAGGGAGUCUGCUUUCCUCCCCGGCUCUAACCUGAACCAUCCUCCAACAUACCGACUAACUCCCUCUCAGAGGCUGGAAUUGACCAAACCGGCCCGCCACGUCCUUCUGUCCCGACCAACUUAGAUGCCACGCUCCCGGUGGCGUAGCCGAUCCUGCAGGCAAAACCGUGGCACUCGAAGGAUCCGGAGAGGACCAGCUCGGGUGCCCGAAUCAGGAAAACUCUUUUGCAAGGGAAAACUGUGCUUCAAAAUGGAAGGUCAGAGUGGGGUAGGGGGAAGAGGCAGCGUGAGAUUCUUUUUGGACAAGUUGUUCGCCUCUUCUCGGCUGUGGAUCGACUGCAGGCACAGAUACGACGAGCGUUCCCCUGAUGCGAGAUCCUUAGAGCCUCUUCUGUCGUGGGGAGGAUCCUCUUACCAAGGAUCACCGUUAGCGGAAUAGAUCUAUGUGAUUCCGACCCAUUGGUAGGACAGGCUAGGCACCGUCCUGAAAUGCUUUCCUUUGUAAGAGGCAGCCAAGUGAGCAGUGGGGCCAUUCGGUGAGCUUGGGGAAAACAGGAUUUUCGAAAAACUACCCCUUCCCCCAACCGGUGUGUCCUGUUAGUCCAGACAGACCCUAAGAGCCAGCCAAACCUUCCAUGGACCAAGGAGAGAGAGGAAGGGAAGGGGUUUCUCUCCUGCGUCUCUCAGUAAAAACUGGAGGCUGAUCUGCAGCGUUCUUCGCUACCAGAAAACUCCUAAGAGCGUGGAAGUGCAAGAACCAGCCACCAGCAAAAGAACCCACUCCCUGGGACUCUGCGGAGACACACCUGGUUGCCUCCUUCAAGGGCAGGCUGUUGCCUGCUUCUCGGCAGUGGGAUUGAUCGGAAGACCCCCGUCGUAUCCAGGUGCAGAAAUAAAGUAAAGCGACUCCCUUGCCCCAGAUGAUACAGACUGCCCGACGGCAGAGCCAGUGCAGAAAAUCACGCAGAGGGGCAGCAGGCAGGCUCCCCCGUGAAUAAGCCCUUGGGGAGUUCUGGGGGUAAAAUGACCUGUUUCUUGCUGCAACUCGAGUGGUUCUUGCAGAACAUGGUCUGGGAGUUAACUGCUGUAAUCCUGCUCAGAUAAUUAUAAGACGAGGGAUCCGGAUAAAGAAGUUACACUCACAAACAGUGUGCUAUGAUGAACCAUAUGGAAACCCAUAAUGAAAUAAUCCUUGCCUUAAUUAUAUUGUAGUUGAAACACUGAAACCACUUUUAAAAUAUACAGUCUCAUUUCUCUGAGCAGAAAUGGUGAUUCUCUAAGCCCGUGGCUGCUGCGUUAUCACAUGCUCCAGAUCAGUCCUAUUAGUACUCAGAGAAUAAUACCGGAAUAUCCCAAGUUCUUUGAAGCUCUUUAACCAUGUAUAAAACAAAACUCAAAAGUCCAAAAAUAGAUUUUACUGGAUAAAUCCUCGUGCCAGCAGGACCCUUUCCUUUAUUGUGGCGAUUGAAGUCCUGCAGAAGGCUAAUUUAAUUCGGAAUUGCCUGGCUCGCUUGUUGAAAUAUCAGCAAGACCAGGAAAUUACCACCGUAUCCGGCACAUCGAGUCAACCUUUUUGCUCACAGAAAUGGGAUCAGAUCUAGUAAAAGUGAUUUCGGUGUUUAAACUAUGCUAUAAUUAAGGCAAAGAUUAUUUCACUACUGCUUUCUACACUGUUAAUCAUAGUACGUUGUUAGUCCUGCAUGGGACAGGUAGGAAUACAACAGAUAAAGACUUCCCACACACGCACACACACACACACACACACACGAAGUUGCCACAACUAAAUGACUGCGAAGUUGUUUACGGCACAGGAGCACCGCUGGGGAAAUAGUCGGCAACUUUAUUAAAAAACACUCCCCCACUCCAUAAGCGCAGAAGAACCCUCUUGGUCCAGUUCUUAGCCAAGUAUGACAUUAAAUUUCUUCCCUUGCCGAAAUUCCCAUCUUGCUAUUUUCGGCCUGGAGGCUGCUGGUUAAUGGGUUAUACCCAGCUUAUGGGGUGGGGGCAUCUGUGUAGAAGCCAGAUUCCUCAUGUCAGAUUAAAAGCCUCCCCACUUCCUACCUUGCUGUCCCCACUCAAGGGCAAGAAGGGGAGCUGGUGUGGAUAGUGGCUGGGUGGACAUUUUCACAGCUACACCUGGAAACGAAGGAGGCGGCCAUUUUUAGCCAGGCGCACGGCACGUCGGAUGCAGAGGACGCUGAAUCAAGACGCUGUCCAGCACAAGAGGACCUUCUUGGAAACCCUGGCUAGGGAAACCCCUGGGAACUACACAAGGGGCUUCCUCUGAAGUAGAGCUUGGUGCAGAUCCCACACUCAAAGUGUACACACUUCACUCCAGGAUCCCUUUUGGCCUGCCACGAGAUGCUUUUCAACCAGGAAGAAGAGUUGCUUUUCUCUCCCUUUAAGGAGUCUCAAAGCGGCUUACAAUCAGCUUCCUCUCCCCACAACAGACAGUUUGCGAGGUAGGUGGGGCUGGGAGAGUUCUGAGAGAACCGUGACCGGCCC